GCAGUUAGCAGUUAGCUGUGUGCAAAGAGACACAGCUGCACAUCACUGAUUUCUACAUGAUGCUACACUCGUUUAGCAGGGUUUCAGUGACGGUGUCAGAGCUGUAAGAUGUCGAUGGUGGUGUUUGCCUCCGUGGUCCGGGUCGGGGACGGCCUGCCUCUGUCCGCGUCCACCGACUAUGAGCAGGACAAAGAGCUACAGGAGACCAAGAAGCACCUCAAAGGUCUCUCCAAGAAGCUGAGCCAGUUCCCCGACCGCUGCACGCUCAGGACGGGACCGUAUAAUGUCAAUUUCACGAGCUCGCUGGGUGUCGGGUAUAUGAUGGUGUGCACUGCAAACUACCCCAACGUGCUGGCCUUCUGCUUCCUGGACGAGCUGCAGAAGGAGUUCAUCGUCACCUACGACACGAAGAGGAUCAGCAACGCCGUGCGGCCGUACUCCUUCAUCGAGUUUGACACUUUCAUCCAGAAGACUAAACAGCGCUACAACAGCCCUCGCUCUCUGUCCACUAAGAUCAACCUGGCUGACAUGCAGACGGAGAUCAAGCUGAGACCGCCGUACCAGCUGUCCCCCGAGGACCUGCAGACCAUCAACGGAUUCUCAGUGCACGCGCCCUCCAAGUACAAGGGCAUAGCUCCCACACAGAUGUUGGAGCCGGUGACUCUCCCAGGCAUUGUCUCCUGUGUGCUCAGUGUCCUCUGCGGAGGCCUGAACCUGCUGAGAGGAGUCCACGCUAUUGAGAGUAUACUACAGAACGACGAUGAAGACUUUAAUUAUGUGAUUGCCUUCUUCCUCGGCACAGCGGCCUGUCUGUAUCAGUGCUACCUGUUUGCCUACUUCUCCGUGUGGAGGAACAGUAAGUCCUUCCUGGCCUUUGCACUCAUCUGUCUGUCCAACAUGUAUCUUUAUGAACUGAGGAACAUGUGGCAGAUCCUCUUCCAUGUGGCGGUGGGGGCCUUCAUGACCCUGCAAAUCAAACUGAGGCAACCACUGGGCAAAGCACCAGAUUACAACGUCUGACAAAAGGCCUUAAACACAAAAGGACUUAACGGACCUCCACUCAGACGUCCCCCACACACACACGCGCGCAGCACAGAUGGCACAGAAGCCGGUCUGGGUACAACGUUCAGGAAGACAAACCAAAAACAAAAAAAUAGUGGCAGCACCACAGUUCCUGUCUGCACCAUCCAUCGUCCAGUGAUCACAGAGUGGACUUGGAGGAAACUAUGCCGCAGCACCGAGCAUAUAUGGAUCUUAUUUGAUUGAAUUUUUUUUGGAGCCAUUGUUUAACAAAUAUGUUUGCUUAUUUAAAGUUGAAGUCAGAGUCCUGCACAUGAGCAGUUCUGCAAACCUGUACCUUCCACAUAGCUGCAAAGUAAAGUGAACCAAACCUACAGUAUACUCACACACAUCAACACACACACUCUGUUAAAAGCUGUCUAAUUGCUACUGGAAUGUAUUUUUCAGUUUUUUAGAUGGAGGUGCAAAUACAACAUCUGUUUUGACCAAUACCAAAUUUUUUUUUUUUUCCCUUAAAAAAUUAAAGGUGCAGUGUGUAGAAUUUAGUGGCAUCUAGCAGAACAGACUUGCUAGAAAUAGAAUAUAAUAUUCAUAAGUUCAUUUUAAUUAUGCAUAAUCACUUGAAAAUAAGAAUCAUUGUGGGUCCACUUCCAUGAAUGACACCAUGUUGCCCUGCCAUGUUUCUACAGAAGCCCAGAAUGGACAAACUAACACUAGCUCUAGAGAGGGGCUUUCACAUUUUUCGCCACCAUAGUUUCUUGUACAUUCCUCACCGCUAGAUGCCAGUAAAUGCCUCACACUGGUCCUUUUAAAUGACACUGAUCAAGUGAAUCAAUGUUAAGUUUUGUCCUAACUCAAAGCCAUCAUAUAGAGACCCUGGUGUAGAUACAUGCAGUCUGAAAUGAGUAGGAGUGGUUUAAAUCAAGGAAAGAAUAAGUCAUCAAUACUUUAGUUGUGCUGCAGAGCAUGUUGCCAAAUGUUCAUAAUACAAACCUGACAUGAAUCAUUCUCUCUCAUCGCUCUGUUAUCUCCUUAGCUCCACCAACAACCCAUGUAGUGUUAACUAGGCUGAAUAGAUUGUAGCAGCAUUUGCUAAAGAUCAACCACAAAGGCUGCAAGACUUUAACUCUUACAUACUGUCCAUAUUAUUUUGACCCGGUCUUAAAUUCCCCUACGUAAAAAGUGUCUAUACCAAAUGUUGAACCACAGAUGUGUUUAGAAAGCAUCAAUAGUCAAUCUGACUGAUCAAUAAAUGUGUGAUUAAACCUUGAUUCAUGGUUUUACACCACUCAUUUAUGGAGAAAAAACAGCUUCUCUCACACAACAUCAUGUCCUAUUUUACCUAAGACAUGAAAAUAUAAAAAGGAAUCCUCAUAACUACUAUCUUAUUAAAACUAUUAACUAUUCAUUAAACUAACAGACAUGCCAAUAGAUAUGGGUCAAAUUUGACCCAGAACCCCAGAAAAGCCUCAAUGGACAAACAUUUCUAGCAUCUAUACAAAAGUAUGACAUUUUGGGCCACUUUAGUCAUAACAUUUCAGAGUAAAAGACAUUUGGGGAGUUUUUACUGCUGUCAUGUCAAAACGGCUCAAAUUUAAACCAAACAGUAUGUAAGGCCUGCUUUUUUCCUUCUUUUUUUCUCUCUCUCUUUUCUUUUCUCAUUACAUGCACUUUUUGCACACAUACCAACGUGUACCUGACCUGGUGCAGAACGUUGGUCUAGGUCUUGGUUUAAAACUAUGCAAAGCUGCCUCGUGUGUGUGUGUGUGUGUGUGUGUGUGUGUGUGUCCUUCAUCUCAGCGUCAGUGUAUUCUGUUAUAUCUGAUUUUGCAUUUGUCAUUUUGUACUCUGUUAAUUUAGCUAUUUAUUUACCAACUGACGCGGCCAGUGAAGACUUCUACACAUUUGUAUUAGUUUUUAUUUGUUUUACGAUUGCUCAAUGUUUUUUUAACUCUGACUGAUGUCUAGCCAUCACUAAGUCACUCAUCCUCCAGCUGACACACACAGCAUGUUAGCAUUCAUUCCCUACUUCCUCGCCUACACAGCUCCGAGCAUAUGCCAGUGUCAAGCGACUGUGUCAAUAAACAGGUCUGUGUUGGCAGCGACGAAGACGCGCGGCUGUGUUGUCGAGGCCGACGGCUGCCUGUAGCAUCCGAGCUACCCCGAGCUGCGUUUCCUCCCACCCGAGCCCCCCCCCCAUCCUCGAUUCAGACACGCUGGCGUCUGCCACAAGACAAAAAAAACUCUAUUUCACCCUCUGCCUGUGUGAUGGAUAUUAGCAGCGUUCACAUUUAACACAAUUACAAUGAGGAGAUGCCACAUUCAUCGUCGUUAGGCAGGGUGAGAUUUGUUAAGGGAAUUAUGGGAAGGUUUCCUGGCUUCUUGCACACCACACACCAACAAAUAAUAGCAAACAAAUGGAGAAGAAUAGAGAAUUAUAUCAUGUCUUUAUUCAUUGUACGCGAGUAGCUCGACAUUUGCGUUAAGAUUGUUAGAAGUUGUUUUUCUUUGAAAUAGUCAGUUUCUCUGGAUGACGAGUGUGUGUGUGUGUGUGUGUGUGUGUGUGUGUGUGUGUGUGUGUGUGUGUGUGUGUGUGUGUGUGCUCCACGUCCAUCUGGCAUCUGCACUACAGAUCUGUCAGGGGACCCUGUUAAAAAACUCGGGGCCUCUUAUGAUUCAUCAUCGCGCUGUCUGAAUGUUCUCUGCUUUGCAACAGCGGGACCACACCUACAUGACCUAAUAGCUUCUUUCUUUUUUUUUUUAAACCACGUGGAUCAGGAUUGAGCUUCACUGGCUCAGAUUGUUCAUCACAUUCUCCUUUUUUUCCACAGCUAAGUUCCAGUAACUGUGUAGAGUGGGUGUGAUGUAUGAGAAAAGGAGAAUUAAACACAAGGUUUCUAUACUGGUUUAUCUAUGUGUGGGAGAUGAAUGUGAUUAUUUCCAGCUCUUUAAAACUUUGAAGUGAACUUCUACAAACCUACUGUAUGUGUUGUGCUAAAUUUUUAAUGUUUUAUUUUAUACUAGAGUGUCAUGUGACGCCUUUUUAAAGCCCCUUCCACUCAUGAUUAGCAUAUACAUAUUAUGAACUCUGUCUAAUGUUAAAUUUAGUAAAUGAAGACCUGGGGAAAGAAGAAUGGGAUGUAAUGAAUUGGAAAAUGUGUUCCAACACUGGAUUUGAAACAUAUCAGAGAUCAGAAUUUUGUCAGUUUUUUUCUGUUGCUCGUGGAGACGCUCAUCAUGAUGUGAUCUGGUUCAGUCCACUUGAAAUAUAUCUUCUCCUGUAUUAGGCCUCACUGUCUCUGGGCUCAGCUGCAGAACAUGAAACAUUAAAAAAAAAAGAAAUUACCAUCAGUGAUAUUCAUUCUUUAACCAAAAUUGAAUGUCCUUAUCGUAGCACAGCUGGAGUUUAAUGAAGCAUUCAAUGAGCUCUGAUGAAUGUUGCUGUAAUUGUGAAAAAACUGGAAUUAUGGGGGAAAAAAAAUUACAAGAUUGAAUGUAUCUUGUAAUAAAGAGAAUAUCAGAUCCAAGUCUUUUAAUUUAAAGAAAACAUUUAUCUAACUGUGGAGUCUAGAGCUUCCAGUAAUUUAUACACAUGUGCUGAUGUUUCAGCAGCUGUAUGUAGUAAUCCUCCACACCCUAACUCUUUUUUUCCCUCUUUAGAGCAACAAGUAACAGAACGCCUCGUGAUUCAGAGGCAGCUGAAACCUUUUCAAAACAGCACUUUUACAAAGAAAAAAGUAAUUGCACAGACAUUGCUAUAAUUGAUAUGUAUGUGCACUUCCUUUUUCCACAUGUAGAUUAAUGACAGAGGGUUACAUUUGACCCUGAGCAGGAAGUGUGUGCAUUUAAAGGACAAAUACGUGCUGUAAGGUGUAAACCACAGACGACUUGAAGCAUAAUUUGUGCUCGACAUGCUUCAACUGAAUGUCAGCGGUGAUGAUGUGUUGGGGGGUUUUUUUGCAGGAAAGCUCACAUAAUCAGUUGCUCGCAGGCUGGCUGUGCAAAAAAAAAAGGUCAAAAUCAUUAAACUUGUUUUGA